CCCACCUGUUCAAACAUGGAAGCGCUGUAUAUAAUGACUGGGAAAUUCGCUGCGUGGAUUAAGUUCGGUGAAACGGUUCAGCAAGGAUGGCACUUUUAAUGCGGUUAGCCGUUCUAGCGAUUUCAGUUGGCCACGUGGUGUGGGGACAAUGUACUGUGCCUAUAAGCUAUUUCUCAUCGAAAGGCCCUGUGCUUUUUAGAGAUAAAGAGUAUAUGGUUCCCAACGCUCUGGGAUACUUAAAGUGGGACAAGGGUGAAAGAAUAACCAUUUCAUGUGACGACUCCACUUUUAGGGGCACUGAUAAAAAUAAGGCAAGCAUGACGUGCUCCACAAAAGAAACCUUCAGCAUUCUCGGAAUUCCUGACAUAAGGAAAUUACCUAGAGAAGAUGUCAAAGAUUUAGUUUGCUCGCCACAACCUUCAGGAAGCUUCCAAAAGGGUGAAAAAUGUGCCAACAAUAAAGGUACAAUAUACCAGUUUGGUUUUAAGGGUCCUGCCGGUCUUGGCCUUAAACCUCUCGUGCCUCUCAUCAGUGUGUGUUACGACGAGGCCGCUUACUCGCCAAUCUAUGCCAUGCACAUCCUGCGUGGAGGAAGUAUCGGAAAAGCCCCACCUGGCGGACGGAUUGCAUUCCGGCAAGAUGGUAUUCCGGAUGGCGUAGAACCAGCGGUUGCAUUACUGAAAGAAUCGUCACAAGCGCGACUGAUUGAUCUUUUGGGAAAGAAAAAGGCAGCACAAUACACCAGUAAAGACUACCUGGCACGUGGUCACCUGAGUCCGAACAGUGACGGAAUAUUUCCAGCGUGGCGUAGGGCUACGUUCUUCUACAUGAACGUCGUUCCACAGUGGCAGACCGUCAACAACGGCAACUGGGUGCGGGUGGAGGCCGCAGUUCAGGAUAAGGCGGAAGCCUUGGGUCGCGAUCUUACGAUCUACACCGGUGCGCACGAUAUCUUGACCCUGGAUAACGUGCCCAUAACUUUGGAAGCUAAGGGCAUCCAGGUGCCAAAGUGGACCUGGAAAAUCGUCAAAGAUGGCGCGAUGGACGAAGCCAUCGCGUUCGUGACCAGCAAUAAUCCGUUCCGGACCGCAAAGGAGACGAUUUGUACGGACAUUUGCCAGGCUAGCGGAUGGUACAAGGCGGAAUUUGCGAACCUUGCGAUUGGUUAUACUUAUUGCUGUAAGGUUAGUGACCUGAUGAAGGCCGUCGGUACCAUCCCGAAGGAAGCAAAUGCGAAAAAUAUCCUGAAAGCCAAAUAAAGUAACAGGUAUGCUUAAGCCUCAUCUACAAUCAAACUUACGCAAACU